AUGAGUACCACCCGGGAUCAGCCUGUCUCGCGCAUACCCCUCAGCGUCAAGAACAUCCCAACCCAAGAUGCGGUCAACCGCGACGCUACGCUCCUUCGGAAGCCGGCAUUGACGCAGCAGCCACCCAAACAGAGCAUGACAGCUGCAGCAACUCAGUACGCUCGUCCUCGCACCAAUGUCUCUCGGCUGCCCAGCUUCGUGUCGCGCUCCCAUCUCGGACUGGAUCGAUCCAACCAGGAAAAUGUCCCCCUUGUGGCGGCGAACGCAACGCCAAAGAAGCGCGCCAUUCCUAUCGACGAAUCGCAUCCUCGCAAUGUAGUCGUCGACAGCCCUAGCAAGCGUAGCCGUUCCUCCAAAUCAGGCACCGACAGUAGCAACACCGAACAAAGCGUUGGUGCAGCCCUUGCCAGCGACCUCAACGGCAUCCGUGUCAACGACUCUCGACGCUUGCCCCAGCCCUCGCAAGCAGCCGAACCCCCGGCACGACUCCGACGUCCCGAGCAAGCGCCUGCACCGACUACCUCUGCCACCACCUCCACUUCCGUCAGGACGAACCGUACCCUUCGUGAACCAACCGAAGAGUUUGCGCCCGAAGCUCGUCGACGUCAGAGCGAGCAAGAAGUCUGGCGACAAAAGUUCACACGCGCCUUUCCCAACUUUGUCUUUCACUUCGAUUCCGUCGACGACAGCACGGCUCGCAAGUACACCGCUCACAUUCUCAAGCUUGGCGGUCGCGUGGAACCCUUCUUCUCGAACAAAGUCACGCAUGUCAUCACCACCAGGCGUGUCCCUGAUGGAUCUGCACUCGAAGAAAUCAACACCAAUGCAGGCGCCGCAGAAAAGUCGAGCGCACACAAGCUCUUUCGGCCCAGCUUCUUGGCCACUCGCACAUCGACGGUGAAAACCGGAGCCAAUGCCGCCCGAUCUCGCCCCAUCCCCCUCUACUCGGAACGCAACCCUCUUCAGGAGCGGCCUGCACGCCAGUACGGUCCCAAUGACCUUCUCAUCAAGGCUCAGGGCUUCGGCAUUAAGGUCUGGCAGUUCGAGAAACUUCAGAACAUCCUGAUGCGAUUGAUGAAGGUCUCGCCUCGCGAUCUCGAAGCAUCCACCAACGUCAAGCAAGAUCUCUCGCAGAUGCUCGAGAAGGAAAAGGUCUUUGGCUCGACCGAACGAGACCCUGCCGCCGCCAGAUCGACGUGGCACUACUUCGAAAAGUCGGCUUGCUAUGUUCUGGUGGAAGAUGCCACCCUCGAGUAUCGACCGAUCAUGUGCACAGAGUUCCAAUAUACCCGGGAGGACAGGGCACAACGCAUUCCCCCACCUUGGCCCAUGGUCUACGGUCAGACGCCAGGACGAUGUCCCUUUACCUAUUACCCGCCAAAGAGGAGUGUCCCCAAGGAGGAAGAGGGCGAGGGUCCAUCGGCCCCUCGCCUCAGCGCCCAACUGAGUCUUCGUCGGGCCGUCUCGCUCAACAACAUGGCCCGCUCCAAUCUUGGACCUGCAUUCCGACCUCACGUACCGCCCAUUCGCACUGCUAACGACACGAGGCAGCAAGACUACCCCAUGGCGUCCGGCAACAGUGUCUCGAUCACAUCCAACAUCGCAUCCACCACGUCCAACAUUUUCACGGAUCAGCAAAAUGGAGCGACAGUCGGUCUGCCCCAGAACCGUCGCGUCGCCGAGCUCAACCGCAGGGUGCAUACAUCCAACGCGCCCAUCCGUCCACCGCGCAUGCUUCACGCCAGUCCUGCCAGCGUGCUUGCCGGUAGCGCUGCAAGUGGUGUUGGCAUUCGUCGCGACGGCGGCAGUCCUUUGCCCGGUAGUCCCUUGCCUGGCAGCCCCGCGGCCCAGCGUGGCGACGCCGAGCAAGGCGCAUCCGUACGACGCAUGCUUGGCCUCGAGGACAAGGAGCGUCGUGUCGACACCACCAUCCCCGGCGCUGGUAGCGGUCUUCAGCGCAGCGUCAGCACCAGCGCGGUCAACAAGCCAGCUUCAGCCAAAAAGCCAGGAUACUGCGAAAACUGCCGCGCCAAAUACGAAGACUUUAUCGAGCACAUCUACGACCGCAAGCACCGCAAGUUUGCCACCAACGAGGCCAACUUUGUCGACAUCGACGCGCUGAUCGGGCGUGUUGCGCGACCGCUUCGGCCCGUGGCUGUGGAAUACUACGGCUUUGGGUUGGAGGAGAUCCCGUCGUCGCAGCCGGAGGAACGUGGGGCGACGUAUGCGGAGUCCGAGGAGGCGAGCGUCUCGGCUGGGUCGCCUGAGGUGGAGGGCGACGCUUUCGACUGCGUGCUGCGCGACGAGCAGGAGGCCGACGACGAGGAAGAGGAAGAGGAGCAAAGAGAGGAGGCUCAGUGGCAGCCUCAGCCAUACGACGUCAUGAUCGCUUAG